AACCUGCAGCUCACAGUCACUCAGUCUCACUUUGUGGCCGUCCCCCUGGCGUGGUGCUCCCUUUGCCUCUGCUCUAUUUCCCCUCUCCUCACUCUUGGACCGUCUGUGGACGCGCUCAGACCCACGCAUUAACUCGUCGACCCUCUGUCGCCGUCACCAUGACGCCCUCCCCGCUGUUAUUCCUGCUCCUGCUCGGCCUUGUAGGUGCUCAAGCCCCUGUGGACCUCCGCACGGCCGCCGCCAUGGCGGCAGGUUUGUGCAAAACCCGUCCCACCGACAUUGUGUUCAUCAUCGACAGCAGCCGCAGUGUUCGCCCUUCAGAGUUUGAGCAGGUCAAGGUCUUCCUUGCAAAGGUCAUUGAGGGACUCGAUGUCGGACCCAAUGCCACCCGUGUGGGAGUUGUCAACUACGCCAGCCGCGUCAAGAACGAGGUGUCUCUGAAAACACACCGCACUAAAGCUGGUCUAGUUAAGGCUGUAACCAAGAUCGAGCCCCUCUCCACUGGUACCAUGACCGGUCUGGCCAUCCAGUUUGCCCUGAACGUGGCAUUCAGCGAAGGCGAGGGUGCUCGGGUCAAAUCUCCUGAUAUUAGCAAGGUUGCCAUUAUUGUGACAGACGGGCGUCCUCAGGACAAUGUAAAGGAGGUGGCUCAGCGUGCUCGGGAUGCUGGGAUUGAGAUUUUUGCCAUCGGUGUGGGCCGUGUGGACAUGAGCACCUUGCGCCAGAUGGCCAGUGAUCCUCUGGAUGACCACGUGGACUAUGUGGAGAGCUACAGCGUCAUCGAGAAGCUCACCAAGAAAUUCCAGGAGGCUUUCUGUGUGUCGGACCUGUGUGCCACCGGGGAUCAUGACUGUGAGCAGGUAUGCAUCAGCAGCCCUGGAUCAUACAAGUGUGCCUGCAAAGAUGGCUUUACCCUGAUGGACAAUGGUCGCAGCUGCAGUGCAUGCAGCAACUCUGCAACAGACGUGGUGUUCCUGAUCGAUGGCUCUAAGAGUGUCCGGCCUGAGAACUUUGAGCUGGUCAAGAAGUGGAUCAACCAGAUCGUGGACAAACUGGACGUUUCUGACAGCAAGGCUCAUGUGGGACUUGUGCAGUACUCUAGCUCAGUCAGACAGGAGUUUCCCCUGGGCCGCUACAACAACAAGAAGGACUUGAAGGAUGCUGUGAAGAAGAUGGCCUACAUGGAGAGGGGAACCAUGACGGGUCAGGCUCUGCGCUACCUGACAGAUAACAGCUUCAACCCCGGUCAUGGUGCACGCCCUGGAGUCGCCAAGGUGGGCAUCGUAUUCACUGAUGGACGCAGCCAGGACUACAUCGGAGAUGCUGCCAAAAAGGCAAAGGAGAAUGGUUUCAAAAUGUAUGCUGUUGGAGUUGGCAAUGCAGUAGAGGAUGAACUGAAAGAGAUUGCAUCUGAGCCGACUGGAGAGCACUACUUCUACACUGCUGACUUCAAGGCCAUGACCCAGAUCGCCAAGAAGCUGCAGAUAAACAUCUGUCAAGACGAGGACCCUUGUGAGUGUGACUCCCUCGUAAAGUUCCAAAAGAAAGUAGAAGAUGCCCUACAGGUGCUAACAAAAAAAAAUAUCCUUUUCAACAAGUGAAACUGAAGAAAAUUCUAAGUAAGAGCUUUAAUGUAUUAAUUUGUCUGUUUUCAAUGUUGCUCUCCUUGACAAAAAAUUACUAGAUAGCAUGUCAAAGAGGAUCGCCUUGCUGGAGAACAAAAUCGUCUGAAGACUCACACCCCACUCCUCACUCUACAUCUACACACCCACCUACAUACGCACACAAACAAACAAACGCAAUCACAAACACACUACUUCACACUACUUACUUCCUGUAAAAUACUGAAGAGGAACCGCAUGUGUGUGUGAGUGUGUAUGAACCCUGACCUCUGCUUGCAUCCUGAGCUCAGCCCCCUCCUCACUCAGCCUCACCUCUUCCACCCUUGGGUCUCCCGGGACACAAAGCGCCGGUUGUCAUGGGGACCACGCCUUUGUGUGUGUGCUCUCCGAAGGUCAUCCUCCAUAUCCAGCCUGUGUGUUUGUUAAUAAAAGUCUUCCCUCAUAGGGAAACGGUA